AUGCAGCAAUCUAUCUUUAUCACCAUCCUCUCCUUGGCUCUCGCCGUCUCCGCCAUGCCUGCCGCAGCCGACGGCGGUGUCAAGUGCAGCGGUGGAAACGAGAAGCAGGUGUGCUGCAACAACGAGGGUUUGGUCAGUGCCUUGUCCUGCCGUGUUACCCCACUUGGCAGUAACUGCAAUGGCGAGGUCAAGUGCUGCAACACUGAGGCUGCAGAGGGCUCUCUCGUCAAUCUCCAGCUCCUCAAUUGUGGCGCCUAA